UGUGUAUUACGGGUUUACAACAACCUUACUAGGCAUUACACAGAUAUCUUUAUUGGCAACAAUAGCGCUCGACAGAUACCUUGUCAUUGUACGCCCUUCACAUUGUACUAUUGGCAUGAGUAAAGCUGUCACCAUGGUUAUAUGUUGCUACGGUUACGGAUUUCUUUGGGCACUAUUUCCAGCUGUUGGGUGGAGCUCUUAUCAAUUGGAGGGAAUUCGAUUGAGGUGUGCCAUUAACUGGAGAAGCAAGCGUCCGCUAGACCUGUCUUAUUCUUUAUCAAUAUUAGUGUUGGCAUGGGUUGUGCCCCUUGGAAUAAUCCUCUUUUGCUAUGGAGCAAUAUGUACUUUGAUAUACCGGGAGAGAGCAAAGCCGCUAAGGGCAACAAUGAGAAAAGGAAAGACGGGGAAACACAGACGUCGAGAGCAACGUGUUGCCAUAACGGUUCUCCUUAUGAUUGGUGCGUUCUUUCUAAGUUGGACACCGUAUUCUAUUGUUACAAUCAUUGUGAUAUUUGGAAAGCUAGAAGACGUUCCUGUGUCUGUUGUUAUGAUACCAACUUUGAUGGCCAAAUCGUCAAUCAUUUGGAAUCCGUUAAUUUACGUGGUUCGACACAAUGACUUUCGGAAAGCGUGUUUACGUCAUGUGCCUUGUAUUACAUGGAUUAAAAACGCAUUUGUUUCCACAUCGAUGUCAACCAAUACAUCCUCGUAUACUGUAUAAUAUCAUAUGGAUUUUUUUCAAAGGCUCUUUGUGUGUGUUUUUUUAGAUAAUGGUACCAUGUGAUAAAGAAUGUUUUUGUAUAUGAUAAAAGAAAAAUCAUAAACUUUUGUUUUUUCAACAAUUUUCUUUUUUCUUUUUCUUCAUUUGUUUCUUCUCUUUUACUCCAAUGUUUCUAAAAAUAAUUAUUAUAAUCAUCAGAAUCAUAAUAAUGAUAAUUAUAAAAUAAUUUGAUAAAUAGCAAGGGUUUCGUAUAAUAUUACAUAAAUAUUUGCUUUUAUUAUAUUUUUUCACAUUUGAAUAUUUCAUGAAACGUGGUAUGCCUGUCAUUGAAAAUAUGAAAAUUGAAACUAUUGUGUAAACAGCAAUUAUUCAAGAUGCUAAAGGGAAGGGUAAUUAAUUCUGUCAUACACAGCAAUUUACGAUAUUUAUAUCCUAUAAUUGGUUUCCACGAACUGUUGUUUGUUGUUCGUUUCCACAAACUCUUCCAUGGUGUAAUACAUGUACAUUAACUUCUACUGAAAUUAUUGUUUAUAUAACAAUUUCUAUAAAAAUCACAUCCAUACAUAACAAUAGAUAAAUUACAUAAUUUUACAAAAUAAAAGUUGUUUGUGUACGGCCAUUGUAUUCUAAUUUACAAAAGACUGUAAAAGUAACAUAGUGUAUGUUUCAAACCUAUCGUAGGACUUUCAACAACACUGCAACGUUUUAUGUGAUGAGCAAAGAACAAAACAAUGGACUACAUUGCUGAAUAGCGAUACAUAAUACAUGCACAAUCAUAGUGUAGUAUGAUUUUAUCAACGAUAAUAUCAUGUCUUUUAAAAAUGUCUGAAGAAUAUUGCAAAUGACAAAUGAAUUUGUUUAACGUUAUUGUCUUUGGCUGCUGUCUCCAACAUGACGAGACAUUAUUGGUGCUCCAAUAACUUAUUGUAUUAUUUGCUCAAUAUAUCAGCUGAAAAUAUCAUUAUCGCAUUCAUCGACGGAAUCAUGGCAUACCUAAAUGUGUAUUUUUAUGUAUACUUUAUAUGACCAUUGUGUAAAAUACUAACAUUAUAAAUUAUUCAUUUUUUUUUUACAUUUCAACGUAUUCAGCAUACUUUUGUUUUGGAUACCUUCAGUAAAUU